CUCGCCCAGGGAGAGAGAGAAAGCUUGACCCGGCGGGCCGGCCUUGCUCGCACUCGGUAUCUGUCGGGAGUUCUCGGUCCCCGCGGAGCGGAGCGCGGCGGCCAUGCGGCUGGUGUGUGCAGCCUGGCCCGGGCCGGGCGUCUCGCCCGCUCUGCUGCUGCCGGUGCUGCUGCUGCUGCUGCCGGGCUCCUGCCUGGGGCUCGUGAGGGCGGCUCGCAGGCCCAACGUGCUGCUGCUGCUUACCGACGACCAAGACGCGGAGCUCGGCGGCAUGACGCCACUGAAGAAAACCAAGGCCCUCAUUGGAGAGAAGGGGAUGACUUUCUCUAGUGCCUACGUGCCGAGCGCGCUCUGCUGCCCCAGCAGAGCCAGCAUCCUGACUGGAAAGUACCCGCACAAUCACCACGUCGUGAACAACACUCUGGAGGGCAACUGUAGCAGCAGGUCCUGGCAGAAGAUGCAAGAGCCGAGCACCUUCCCCGCGAUCCUGAGGUCGGCGUGCGGCUAUCAGACCUUCUUUGCUGGGAAGUACCUAAAUGAGUACGGAGCCCCAGACGCAGGUGGACUGGAGCACGUCCCUCUGGGCUGGAGUUACUGGUAUGCCUUGGAGAAGAACUCUAAGUACUAUAACUACACCCUCUCCAUCAACGGGAGGGCACGGAGGCACGGAGAGAAUUAUAGCGUGGACUACCUGACCGACGUCCUGGCCAACCUCUCCCUGGACUUCCUGGACUACAAGUCCAACUCUGAGCCAUUCUUCAUGAUGAUAUCCACUCCAGCGCCCCACUCACCGUGGACAGCCGCACCUCAGUACCAGAAGGCUUUCCAGAACGUCUUCGCACCAAGAAGCAAGAACUUCAACAUCCACGGCACGAACAAGCACUGGCUCAUUAGGCAAGCCAAGACUCCAAUGACGAACUCUUCAAUCCAGUUCCUAGAUGACGCGUUCAGAAGGAGGUGGCAGACUCUGCUCUCGGUUGAUGAUCUUGUGGAGAAGCUGGUAAAGAGGUUAGACGUCACUGGUGAGCUGGACAACACAUACAUCUUCUAUACCUCAGACAAUGGCUACCAUACAGGGCAGUUCUCUUUGCCAAUAGACAAAAGACAGCUAUAUGAGUUUGACAUCAAAGUGCCGCUGCUGGUUCGAGGGCCUGGCAUCAGACCGAACCAGACAAGCAAGAUGCUGGUCUCGAAUAUUGACUUGGGCCCCACGAUCCUGGACCUUGCUGGCUAUGACCUGAAUAAGACACAGAUGGAUGGGGUGUCCUUACUGCCCAUUCUGAAAGGGGCCAGUAACGUAACCUGGAGGUCAGACGUCCUGGUGGAGUAUCAAGGAGAAGGCCGUAACGUCACUGACCCGACCUGCCCUUCCCUGAGUCCCGGAGUGUCUCAAUGUUUCCCAGACUGCGUGUGUGAGGACGCUUACAACAACACUUACGCAUGUGUGCGGACGCUGUCGCCGCUCUGGAACCUGCAGUACUGCGAGUUUGAAGACCAGGAGGUGUUCGUAGAAGUCUAUAAUAUAACUGCAGAUCCAGACCAGAUCACCAACAUUGCUAAAAGUAUAGACCCAGAGCUUUUGGGAAAGAUGAAUUACCGCCUGAUGAUGCUCCAGUCCUGUUCAGGGCCAACCUGCCGCACUCCGGGGGUCUUUGACCCUGGGUACAGGUUUGACCUGCGUCUCAUGUUUAGCAGUCACGGCAGUGUCAGAACAAGAAGAUUCUCAAAGCAUCCUCUGUAGUGGCGGCGGCCAGCCUCUGCAGCCGGAUCCUCGCACACCCCCUUCUCAUGAAGUGGUUGUAGUAGGAGCCCAUGCCUGGAAGAGCUCUGGCCUGCCUGUUUUGAGUCCUGUUGGAAAAAUAACCCGGUCAGCUGACUUCCAGUACUGUGAACCCACCCGUGUCAGAAGUGGCUGACCCUGUCUCUUCCUCAGAAGACAACCAACACUCCUGAGGUCUUUGCCCUCCUCAUGUCCCUUCAUCUUGGGUGGGACAGUGUGUGAUGAUCUCCCACAUGGUCGGGUCUAAAUCCAUACAACUGUUCAGAUGAAUGGCGAUACCUUAGGGCAGAAAGAAAAGGCCUUUUGGUCUGUAGCUCGCCCCCAAAUCAAAAGUCCUGUCUAGCAUUUCAGACUGAGCCCUUCACUGUCAACACACAGCCCUGAAAAUGGAGAGAAAAGGUGUUUCUAACUUCCAUCACGGCGUGGUAAAUGUGCAGCUUGUCACCCAAGCUCUGUCCUAUUUUGCUGGAAUCCCGGGCUGUGCUGAUGCAGCCGCAGGCUGUGUUGGGGGUCCAGGUGAAUCCCGUGAGCUCUGGAAGCCCUCAGCUCUUCAGUGGCUCCAACCGCCCUGAGUGCUCAGAGCCACGCCGAGGGGAGGGAGUGCCAGAGGAGAUGGGGCUCCUGGGUGAGCAGGUUGAAGGCUGCACAGAAGUGCCUGUCGGGAGGGAUCUCAAGUGUGGCACACAGACAAGUCAUUAGGACAGACUGCAGUUAGCCGCCUUCUCAUUUAAAAGUUACAGUGUCUCACAGUUGGUGUGAAGGGCCAGCAGCUUCACCUUAUUUCCCCUUCUCUGUCACGAAAGCUCUUGAGUUUCCGGUCGGUAUUCCCCUGCCCAGGGUUCCUUGCUGCCCAGAACGACGUCAUCCUGUUCCUUCACGUAAAGACCAAGUCCACUCUGACACUUCCCGGAAGGGCCACGCGCUGCCAGGACUGCAGGGAAGAGGGAGAGCUGGCUUUCUAGGACGGCAGGGAGGAGGGAGAGCUGGGUUUUAACCUGCUCGCUUAGGCAGUGAGGGAGGGACUCCAGCUUUACACGGCCUCUGCCUAGCUUUAAAUACUUGCAACACAUGCCCAGAAGUCACUUUGGGGUGUCAGAGGCCAUGGUGGGGUAAUAGCCAUGGAGUUUAUUCCUUUACCUCAGGUGACCCCAGCAACUGCCCUGAUACUGAGAAUCAGGCAGUUGAGUGGACACCUCUGCUGUGGCUGCUUCAGAGGGAAAACAUUUUUAAGUCACAGAAUGGAAUGUGGGUACUGGCUCCAUUCACUCCCCUGGGAUUGUAAACACCAUCAGUCUAUAUUAGUGAGAGUUGACCAUAGCUGUGUUCCCAAAUAAAAGUGACCAGCUCGUACCCGGCCGUGGACUCAGAUCUUAUUCUUCAUGGCUUCUGAAAGUAAGCAAAGCCAGAGUGACUGACCGGUCAGCUGCCAUGAGGGUUUCUACCUAGCUGCCCCUACGUUCAGGGGACAUGUUCGGGUGGUGGGACAUGGUAAGGUCCUCAGUACCUCUCAAUUAUGGUGCGCUUCCUGCCAACAUCGGAGUGGACCUUAGUUUUAUCCUGACAGAAUACAGCAAGCAUGGCUUCCCAACUAUAAGGACAUAAGGGCCUUAUAAUCUGUACUCAUGUGAAUUUUGACAUCUCCUUUGAAGGCCGGGGCCGUGUCCACUGGUGCUUUUCAAAAUAGAGAACCAUAAACCCAAAAUGGAAUGCAGGGACUCUCCCUUAAAAGAUUUCCUCUUUCGGAACUGUCCCUCAGACACAGUUUCAGAGUAGGGUACACGUUUAGAGUGUCUCUGGGCUUAACAAAUGGUUCUUUUGCAACACCUUUGGACUUGUAGGCGCUAGGGGUUUUGUACGAAAUAGUAGGGUAGCUGUGGAGGUUACACCUCAACCUGAGAGAAACAUUCACAAGUAUCUACAGGCAACGUCUUUUCUUUAAUGAAAGAUGGUGGGCCAGAAUCCUCAAAAGAAAGCACAGGGGGUACCCCAGCCAAACAGCACUGGGGUUGCAGGUUCCCCGCGGUUCUUGAGUUCACCAGCACCUGCUGCUUCAUGGACUGUGAAUUCCCUCCUCAGUAUCACUUGUGCGAGACGUUCCUCUGCCCCGGCUCUCUGUCAUCUCACUCACGUAGAAAGUGCCCUUCAAAGGACCCUGUUCACUGCUGCACUUUUCAAUGAAUUAAAACUUAUUUCUGUUCUAGUGGGAA